GAUAUGGGUGCCCGGACGGAUCGGUCGAUCGGGUCCACCCUUCGCGAUCUCGCAACAGAAUUCGCCGCAGUGUAUGACAGACGUGAAUUCUAAGCGCGUGUCAAGGACAGCAACUCUAGCGCGGUCCACUUCCGACGCCUCGAUCGCAGCUUGAACGGCGAGGAACGACGCGGUGGCGCGUAAUGGGAAGUAUGUGUGACAUCUCUAUCGCGAAAGCAUCGUAAAAGUGAUCGCGCGAAACGCUCGUUUGCAUACACGCGGCGGUGCGCAAAUGUGAUGAACAAGUCGGAGAGAGGGUUCGCGACGACGAGACGUGGUAAGGCAACGGUGAAGUCGUGACCCGUGAGGUGUGCGCCGAAGGUCAUGGCCAAGAGUGUCAUCAAAAACGGGAACGGUGGAUGUCCUCUGCACUGGGUCGACAAUUCCGCCGGACAACGUAGACACCUUUUUCAAGCGGCCGCCUUUUACUUGAUUGUGCUGGCGGUCUUGUGGUGCAUGUUUUCCACAUGUUUCCAUCACCGGAUUUCCGAGACCGGCCAGGCAGUGGUGUUGACACUAGUGGACAAUGCAGCGGCGAAACUGCAGAAUCUGGCGGAGACGAAGAUCGAUAGCGAGUUUUCGUCGAGGUCGUCCGUCAAGAAUUCCUCUUUACUGAGCGGGAAUCAAGUCAGACAAUCCGAGGAGCUAACGGCGGCGAGGGCCGCCGCGCCGUCGACGCAGAUCCCGUCGCCACCGAUCGCGGACGAGACGACAGUGGCGCCGAACGACACGGACGUCCUCGACGACGGGGAGGAUGUGCUUCUACCGAAGAACAUCUCCGCCGAGGAGACACCGGAGGUCGUGGUGAUCGUCAGGGCGGAGCAGAAGGACGGAGAGUCGCAGCUGAAAGUCGAGGAGGAGGUCGACCAGGUUCAGGUGUCUUCCGAGGAGCUGCCGCCGAAGACGGACGGCGCGUUCACCACGGCGCCGGAAUUGAACGACACGGCGGCUCGAGAGCAAUUGGUCGGCGGCAACAGGGACGAGAGUGCGGCGGUGAUUCUAGACGGGCUCGUCGCUUCGGGACCCACCGAUCCGCACGAGGACAUCCCGUCCUUCAGCGAAUGGGCGCAAAAGCGUUUGGAGGAGGCGGAGAAGAAGAAAACUCAUCCGAACGCUUCCGUUCAGACCCCGGGUGGCCCGGGACGAGGCGUGAGCGGCAUGAAGAUUCGUUCGAAGAACUACGCCUCUCCCGAUUGCGGCGCCAAGAUCGUGGCGGCUAAUCCCGAAGCGAGUAGCGCCAAGAACGUUCUCGUGUCCACGCGCGACGAGUACAUGCUGAACGCCUGCACGUCGCGCGUCUGGUUCGUCGUCGAGCUCUGCGAGGCGAUCCAAGCGAAGAAGAUCGAGCUCGCGAACUUCGAGCUCUUCAGCUCGUCGCCGAAGGACUUUGCCGUCUACGUGAGCGACCGCUUCCCCACCAAGGAGUGGAUUCCGGUCGGUCAGUUCACCGCCAAGGACGUGAAGGAUAUUCAGAGCUUCGCCCUGCAUCCUCACUUCUUUGGCAAGUUUAUCAAAGUGGAGCUUCUAUCGCACUACGGGUCGGAGCACUUCUGUCCCGUCUCGCUGUUUCGCGCUUACGGCACCAGCGAGUUCGAAGUGCUCGAAACGGAGACGGAGAAUCAGAUUCUACACGAGGCGAGCCCGGACGAGGACGAUGACGAGGACAGCGACGAGGAGGAGCUGUUGGACAGCGAGGGCGGUGAGUCGCCGAGGAACCUCUUCGGCAGCGCGCGCGACGCCGUGCUGAGCAUCGUGAAGAAAGCCGCGGAGGUUCUGGUGAAGUCGAGCGAUCUCACCAGAAACAACAUCACGGAGAUCCAGCAGAGCAUCGACGACGGCAACAUCCUCGACAACUCGUACACGACCUGCACGACUCCCAGAUACACGAUUCUCUGCGACAAUUGCACCGAUCAGAAGUUCGCCAGCGUCUUCCAGCUGGUCAGCUGCAGGGACCGCCAGCUGGAUGGUUUGCUGAGGAUCGAUUGGGUGAACAGGACUCUGAGACGAGGGAAGCUCUGUCGCUUCCACGGCGUGGAGAUAGAGUCGCUUUGGCAGGAGGAGGAAGAAGCGCAGCGCGAUGAUACGACGUCCUUCAAUCUGGUGGAGGAUCUCCAAGCGACUUUUUUAACUUCCGUCUUCAAAUCCGAAUACAUAGUGGCGCUGUGCAACGUUCUGGCGACGAAGGAGCGCAAGGUGGUGAUGAACACCAGCUACGAGAUGUCCAACAGUUCCGAGAACGCUGCCAGAGAGAACGUUCUGUCCGUCAAAGACACCGAGCACAGCGGCGAGAUCACUUCUCAACACCAAGUGUCUGCCACGUGUACUCUGGACUCGAAUUCUCCCGCCUGCAAGUCAGUCGCUUCCUCCAAAGAGACCCGACGGCGUUCGGGCACUCAGGACAUCAAGGACGAGGAGAUCGACAACAUUAGCACAACGUCGAUAGAGACUUCCGCUAGCGCGGAGAGCCUGGCGUCGCAAAUCAAGCCCACGAAGACACUCAGCAAGGAGGACCUGAAGAAGGAGUCGUCUGUACCGAUUCUGGAACCCAGUAAGGAGCCUACAGAGGAGACGUUGCAGCCGGAAGUGCUAACGACCGUUCCGCCGCCGUCCAAUCCAACGCCGACCUUGAAGAUCGCCGAGGAGUUGCCGGUUCUGGGAACUUCCGUCAAGAUGACGUCGCAAACUGUGAACAGCGUUACGCCGAUAAACCUCGAUAGUCAAGAAACUGCCGACACGCCUGCGCCUGAAACGGAUAGCGCUGAGUCUGUUACGCAAGGCAGAAUAGAGAAAUCGGAGAACGGCGAGCAGGACGGGAAACAGGCGAAAGACGUGGGUGAGCAAGAAGUUCGACUGUCGUCUCAAGAUCAUCUCGCGCUGGACACGCUGCUGUCCGACCUGAAAGAUUUGGAGGGCGACACGGCCAAUAUGCAAAACGGAGCGUCCAGCUCUUCGUCAAUGAUGCAGCCCACAACUAGUACCGCGCCUCAAAAGGAGUCUGUUUUUCUCCGAUUAUCCAACAGGAUUAAGACUUUAGAAAGAAACAUGUCGCUUAGCGGACAAUAUCUGGAAGAAUUGAGUCGUCGUUACAAAAAGCAGGUCGAAGAAAUGCAGCGCUCAUUGGAACGUGCGGUCGCCGCUAUGGGCGAGGAGUCUCGAAAGGGCGAAGAACGCGAAGCGAAAAGGGUGGAGGAGAUCACCGCGUUGAGAGAAGAAAUCGCUAUACUCUCGAAAUCAGUCGAAACUUUGCUCUACGAUCGGGACAGCUGGCGCAGUCGAAUAUCCGGGAUCGCACAGCACGCUUUGCUGAUCUGCUUCGAAAUUGUCGUUAUCGUUUUGAUUCUCACUUACUGUCGCAAAGGAGAAGAUUGCGAGGAAAAGGAGAAACUCCUGUCGGACACGAAGGAGGCCGUGCGUCGGAGAAGCGCGGAGAAUUUCAGUUCUCACGCCGCAGCAAAAAAGACGAAGAAGCGACGACCCAGCGAGAUUGCUUCUCACAUAAGCGGCACGUACCACGAGCUGAUGAUCGACGAUCGAUCUCACGAGACGAAGAAGGAGCGGAAGAAGAAACGCAAGAAGGAGGCAGCCGCCGCCGGGACUAGAACAGCCGGUACGGAAGAGGCGACGCGUUACAAGAGUGGAUUGAACAUGAUUCCGGGCGGCGCGCCGCUGCCGUCGAGAAGAGCGUCGUCCAUAGAUCGUCCGCGUACCAAGGAGUCAGAAAAUUCGGCCAAGAGACCGGAAUCCACGCCUGAGGCCACUGCGAGUUGCUUCGACGAUCAAGCAGAGAAGAGAGAAUGGAUUAUACGUUCCGCGCAGGAGAAUAAAGUCUACGGGAUGAAGUUGGCGUUAAAUUCCGAACUCGGUCGUCAAGUUGACGAACUGUACGAAUCCAAUUCGUCAUCGACGACGAUGGACACGUCCGUUGAAGGAUCGAUCACGACGAAGAGGAAGAUCGAAGUGCCGAGAAACGGCUCGUUCAAGGCAGGCGGCAUUCUCAAGAGCACGAGAUUGAGCUCGCCGUCCUUCAUGAAGACCGCCUUGGGCGCGAGAAACAAGAGGAAGUCUUCGUCGAAUUCCAACGAAAAGUGGGAGUGGAACCAGGAUUCUUCGGAGCAUUCGAACGGCCGAUCUCUCGCGUCCAGUCCGACGAGCAUCGAUACUAUCGACGGUAGUACGAAUGGUAACGCCGCGAACGGCUUGAUCGAGGAAAGCGACGAAUCGAGGAGCAGUAGCGCUACGCCUAUGUUGACGAAGAAAGAGAAGAGAAACACAGGCCUGAAGAAGAUGAUGAGGAAGUUUUUUUGAUUGAAGUAAGCCCUUCUACAGGCUGAAUUGGAUCCUUUGCAUCGAAUCGGUCGCCAUAUAAACUGUAUGUAGACUUGUUAUCGUGAUGAUGAAUUAAAAUAGUCGACUCAAGCGAGGAGCUUGAAAGUAGGAAAUGAAAAUGAUCGAGCCGAAAAGUUUUACGGAUUCAACUAGAUUACAUUAACGAAAAGAGAGACGAUCACGAUCCUAUUAAACUUUUCGAUAUUUCGUUUCUAAAGUUCUCUCGCGCAUUUGUCGAUCGGCAGAUUUUUCGUUCCAAGUGUGACAAUGCGUAGCUUUAUCAGAACUGCGCUUGAUUUACUGGUGAUAAAGCUGUCAUAAUUAGUUUAGCGCAUACGUUUCGCCAAACACAGAGAAAUAUGGGAAAGUUUGCCACGGGGUAUAUUCCAGUAUGUUUUUGUCACGUGCGUGGUUAGCCCACCGUUGCGAAAGAUGUGUGAGUAAACUGACGUAUAAAAGAUUAGCAUAGCAUAAGUUAUAAUUUAACUUGUGUAGGGUAUAUAAUUGUGAUUGGUUUUCAAGCAACGCAACGGCAGUGACUAUAGUGGUUUACGUUUUUGUUUUAAAUUAUCCGAAUUAUUUAAUUUUUAUUUAUCAAUCAUAGCCAAA